AUGACGUCUCCGCAAUUCGCGACGACGCAUUUGACGAAAGAAGAGCUGCUCUACCUAAUGACGACAAUAUCCGAAAAGCUGAAAGUCCUUAACCGUUCGCAAAAUGCGCCGAGGGUAGGAAAUCUUGAAAACCCAGACAUUUUGUUAGCAAAAAACGUCCAUUUCCAGACAAGAAUGAUCAGAAGCCUUGAGGGAGGCGCUCGAAGAGAUUUGAUUUUCGAUUUGUUUCUGAGAAUGGUUCGACUCUUCAAAGUGGCCGAUAAAAUGGUCUCGAUCGAGGGCUCGGCGGUCAAUUUGCAGUGUCUUUUGGGUGUGUGUCAACUAAAAUAUUGUCCAUCUCUUCGUCUCGCCCCUUUUUUCCAGUUUCCGCCAAGUUUCUCGCCACAUUUUUCGAGUCCACAUUCACCAAACUUGCCGCGUCUCAACUGCAACACGCAUUCGAUGAGUACCACGUGGCACACGGACUCACGCAGUGUGACGUGGCAGUCGGUGCCACGUCACGAGUCGUUAGUGACGUGGCAAAACGGCGACACGCGCAUCACUUCGAAGUGAAGCGCGCGAUUCAGGAGCAGAAGGCGUUCCGCGAGUCGUUUCUCAAGUCGCAAACCGACUUUGACAUUGAUUUCGACGAUCAUGAGGCGGAUCAAGAGACGCAGCUUUUGUCGAUCGAGGACGCCGUUCUGAUCAUUCAGAAGUUGGAGAGAAGUUUCUAUUAAAAACUAGUCCACCUUGUAGCAAGCAUUUUUUUUGCCAGAAUACCAAUCGAUAUCGCGUCGUAACUAUGUGCGGUUCGUGCGCGAACGAGCCGCCGAACUGCACGGCCAAAAAGUCGAAAUUGACGCGACGCAGGCGGCAAUCAGAAUUCAGGCGGUCCGUUACACUUCCCCCGUUUGCCCAAUUUCCCCGUUUGUUUCCAGAGAACCCGCGGCUAUUUCGCGCGUAAAAUGGUGCGAGAGAUGCGUGAACAAGAGCUCAACAUUUUGGGCAUGACGCCCGAAAGUUAUAUUCGUGUGCGGUUGGCCGAGCGGCAACGGAAGCAGCUCGAUGAGGUGGAAAUGGAAAAAGUGCAGCAGGUGGAGGAUAUGGUACGCAAAUCCAGAAAGCGACAAUAUCACGUGUUUUUCUAGCCGUCGAGCCUCGAAGCGUGUCUGGACCUUCUCAAAUCUCAGUUCUUUCUGGCCUCGUCCACUGGCGAGCUUCCAGAUCCCGCCAAAUUGUUAAGGCUCAAAGAGCACACGGAUAACGCGUUCCGAGACGCGUGUUUUCGUGGAGUUGUCUCUCCGUUAGCCGCCAUCGAGCUCCAUGAGCUGGUCUCGCAAAAAGAGCUGUGCCGAAUCGACGCUCGUCAAUUUCACUUUGAUCUCCGCUCGUUUCUAGUGUGCACCGUGUGCAUCCCCAUGGCCGUUGCCACGUGGAAGUCUGGCAAAGAGCCGGGCCGUCGGCUCCUGCUCUCCGGGCUCUCAAACUCUGGCAAAACUGCGUGGGCGAGGGGAAUCGCACGCGCUUGCUUCGUGACUCACGUCCACAUUUCGAAGAAUGUGGUGAACCUCGCGAAGCGCAGGAUUUACACGGUUAUCAAGAAGUUGGCACGACAGGAGAGCAGAUUGUUGAUCAGCAUCGAUCGGUUGGAUGUGUUGAAGAAGGACCCGAAGCACAAGGGAAUGACUCAUCGACAGGUAGGCGCGAAAGUUAGGCCAGCACUAGAAGAAACUCAGAUUCUCCUCCGAACCUUCCUCUCCGACAUGUCUGCCACGUCAGCAACAAUCAUCGGAAUGACCAAGACGCCUUGGACGAGCUGGAGACGUCGAUCUCUGAGCUAUUCCCCCUACAAGCUCAGAUCACCAACCCAACUGCCGCGACCAGAUAUGGUUGGUUAGCAGCCAUUGAAAUGAAUAUUGUCUACAAUUCCAGACUUGUCAGUGGACUCCCUUAGCCGGAAUAUGGAACAAGACAGGCUUCCUAAAAUACCGCAUCGAAUUUUCGAUCUGGAGAAGCAGACGAGCGGAUUUGGACACGGAAAAACGGCAAAGUUUGUGA